GCCCCAGCUCUGUGGGCUUCUUGUGUAAGCAUUGGAGUGUGUUUCGAGGGCUGAUGACAAACUGUUCUUUGAAGAUAGUGGGCAUGUCGUCGCCUCUAAAGUUGCCCGAUUAAUACAUUUGUUUAUCUUUUGGUUGACGAGGGCUUUAUAAGAAGCUAUUUUCAUUAUUUCUGUCAUUGUUUAUGCUGAGAAGACUGUAAAUGCAUUAACAUGAUGAACAGGACUCUAUCAAGAAAACUUCUGGUCUCCAUGUGUGGGAUCUGCAGCCGUCGACUGAGCUUCGCUCAAAGCGCUGUUAACACUGUGCAGAAGCAGAAAGAGUUGAUCAAGAGUAGGGAACUAGAAAAGGAUGAACUGAGACCACUGUAUAUGGACUUUCAGGCCACCACACCCAUGGACCCAAGGGUUUUGGAUGCCAUGCUUCCCUUUCAAGUCAAUUACUACGGGAACCCACAUUCCAGGACUCACGCUUAUGGAUGGGAGAGCGAGACCGCAAUGGAAAAAGCCAGAAAACAAGUAGCAGAUCUUAUUGGUGCUGACCCGAGGGAGAUUGUGUUCACCAGUGGUGCGACUGAGUCCAACAAUAUGUCAAUCAAAGGGGUGGCUCGGUUUUAUAAGGCUAAGAAAAACCACAUCAUCACCACCCAGACUGAGCACAAGUGUGUGCUGGACUCCUGCCGAAUUCUGGAGGCAGAGGGUUUUGAAGUAACAUAUUUACCUGUGAAAAAUAAUGGACUGAUUGAUUUGAAGCAAUUACAGGAAACGAUCCGUCCAUAUACCAGUUUGGUGUCCAUAAUGACUGUCAACAAUGAGAUUGGUGUCAAACAGCCAAUCAAAGAAAUAGGUCAUCUAUGUAGGUCCAGAAAUGUGUUUUUCCACACUGAUGCUGCUCAGGCUGUUGGAAAGAUCCCCAUUAAUGUCAAUGAUUGGAAAGUGGAUCUGAUGUCCAUCAGCGGCCAUAAGAUCUAUGGGCCCAAAGGAGUUGGGGCUUUGUACGUGAGGAGGAGACCCAGAGUUCGUAUUGAGCCUUUGCAGAACGGAGGGGGACAGGAAAGGGGUCUACGUUCAGGGACCGUGCCCACACCUCUAGCCGUAGGCCUCGGAGCCGCCUGUGAUAUUGCCCAGCAAGAGUUAGAGUACGAUCACAAGCGUGUGACAUCGCUUGCAAAUCGCCUCGUGCAGAAGAUCAUGUCAGAGAUUCCUGAUGUUGUGAUGAAUGGAGACCCAGAUCAGAGGUACCCGGGAUGUGUCAAUUUAUCAUUUGCCUAUGUUGAGGGGGAGAGUCUGUUGAUGGCGUUAAAAGAUGUUGCACUUUCAUCUGGAAGCGCCUGCACAUCUGCUUCCUUGGAGCCCUCGUAUGUCCUUAGAGCAAUAGGGGCAGAUGAGGACUUGGCACACUCAUCUAUUCGGUUUGGAAUUGGCAGAUUUACCACAGAGGAGGAAGUGGACUAUACAGUGGAGAAGUGUAUUCAGCAGGUCAAACGGCUGAGGGAGAUGAGUCCAUUAUGGGAAAUGGUUCAGGAAGGUAUUGACCUUAAAAGCAUCAAAUGGACCCAGCACUGAGUUGUUCUGAACACAUGGAGUAUGAAGCCCUGCUGGGGUUGUGAACACUCAUUCUGUAAAGCUUGAUUAGGCUGCCAUACCUCCAUAGACCCUAUUCUCCCAAAAAACACGCACAAUUUUAUUUCUUAAUUUUGGAGAAUUGAACUUGUCUAUGUGAAGAUGAUUUUAAAGUGCAGUUGAAUGAAUCGCAGAGGUUACAGAGAUUUGCAUUUUGUCAAUUCUAUCACUUUUUGUCCUAGUUCUGAGACCAGCAAAAUUAAUUUCAGUGAUAUGUUGUUUCAUUAAAAUUAGCAUUGUUUUAGGCAAGUCAGGUGCUAAUUAAUAAUUACAGUUUUUGGGUAAAGUUUUUUUCAUAAAAAAGUAAAGCACCAGCUUGAAACAUUUAAUGUUUUGGCACAAGACAGGAUUGAAAAUAGGUGUCAUUAUAUUCACUUGCCUGUUAGAAAGGUCUUGUGUAAGAACUUUGUGCUUAUUGUCUGGUCUGAGCAUGCAUUUCUUUCAUGAUUGCAGUUUACAGAUUCUGUAGCCUCUGUUAUUGUAAAAUCAUUGUUUUAUUCCAGUAUGUGUGUCAUACCAAUAAACAUCCAAACUAACUGUUUUGUCCUUUUUGCUAGAUAAUAAAUGAAUAAAUACAAAUAAAUGUAAUAAAUUACA